AUGUCUACCUCAAGCCAGAGAGCCAGAGCAGCACAAGCUGCAGCCGCCGCCGCCGCAGGCGCCUACCCAGAGGCUGGCGCCGUGGUGAACCCAGGAGGCGAUCGCGCCAGGCGCUUGGCAGCGGCAGAGGCCGCAGCCGCGCAGGCAGCACAGGCGGCGCGAGAGGCAGCAGCAGCAGCUCAGGAGGCGGCCGCCACGGCCGCGGCUCUCCGUGCGGAGGUGGACCGGGAGCCGCGCGUGUACGGGCGGAGGAGCCCUGAUCCGCGCCGCGGGAGCCCGUCGCGGAGCCCUGAGCGGCAUCGCCGGGCUCAAUCUCCGUCGCCCGCUCGCCAUCGAGGACGCGGAGGCCGUCGCGGAUCUCCGGUGGUCCAGACGGUGUACAAGGACGGCGGCGCGGGGACUCCAUGGCCGAUGCUGACGAAGUCGAACUACCAUGAGUGGAGCACGCUCAUGCGACUCAAGAUGCAGGCCCGCCAGCUCUGGGACGCCGUCGAGUAUGGCGAUCUCCCGUACCACGACGAUCGGCGCGCGCUGGAGGCCAUCAUCUCGGGAGUUCCGCAGGAGAUGCAGGUGUCGCUCGCGGACAAGCUCACCGCCAAGGACGCCUGGGACUCCAUCGCCGCAGCGCGCAUCGGCGUCGACCGCGUCCGCCGCGCCACGCUACAACGACUUCGCAAGGAGUGGGAGAACCUCUCCUUCCACCCAGGGGAGCACAUCGAGGACUUCGCUCUCCGCCUCGCCACGCUGAAGCAGCAGAUGAUCCUCCACGGCGAGAGGAACAUGGACGAGGAGCGAGCGGUGGAGAAGCUUCUUCGUGCUACGCCCAGGAAGUACAUGUAGCUCAAGAUCGCCAUCGAG